AUGCCUACUAUUCCAGUUGAUAAAGAAGACCUCUACAAGUUAUUAGGUAGGAGUUAUACCACUGAGGAAUUUGAUGAAUUAUGUUUCGAUUUCGGUCUUGAAUUAGACGAAGACACCACUGAUGACUGUCAAGGUGACGAAAGACCACAAUUGAAGAUUGAAGUUCCUGCCAACAGAUACGAUAUGUUGUGUAUCGAAGGUAUUGCUCAAGCUUUAAACGAAUUUUUGGGUAAUGUUGAACCACCAAAGUAUACUUUGAACCCAGCCAAGCCAGUUACUUCUUUGACCAUUAAAGAGUCAACUUUACCAAUCCGUCAAUAUGCUGCUUCUGCCAUCUUAAGAAAUGUUACUUUUGAUGAAAGAACUUACGAUUCUUUUAUUGCUUUCCAAGAUAAGUUACACACUAACUUGUGUCGUAAUAGAACUUUAGUUGCUAUUGGUACUCACGAUUUGGAUACCUUAACCCCACCAUUCACGUAUGAAGCCUUGGCACCAGAAGACAUCAAAUUUAAACCAUUGAACCAAGAUAAGGAAAUGAAUGGACAUGAAUUAAUGGAAUUCUAUGAAAAGGACAAGAAUCUUGGUAAAUAUUUGCAUAUUAUUAGAGAUUCUCCUGUCUAUCCAGUUAUGCUUGAUGCUAACAGAACUGUCGCAUCCAUGCCACCAAUUAUCAACUCUGAUCACUCCAAGAUUACUUUAAACACCAAGAAUGUUUGGAUUGAUGUCACUGGUACCGAUAAGACCAAGACUGAAGUUGUUAUUGAACAAAUUGUUGCUAUGUUUUCUCGUUAUUGUAAGACUCCAUUUGAAAUUGAACCACUUGACAUCAUUUCUGAACAUAAUAAUGAAUCUAGAAUAACACCAAACAUUGCUCCUAGAGUUGCCCAAGCUGAAAUCAGUUAUAUUAACUCCUGUUUAGGUUUGGAUUACUCUGGUGAAGAAAUUUCCAAGUUAUUAAAGAAGAUGGCAUUAGAAGCUAGUCAAUCCAAGGAAGAUAAGGAUUUGAUUGAUGUUAAGGUUCCAAUAACAAGAUCUGAUGUUUUACAUCAAUGUGACAUUAUGGAAGAUGCCGCUAUUGCCUAUGGUUACAACAACUUAACCAAGACUAAGCCAAAGGGUGAAAGUUUGGUUGCUGCUCCAUUACCAAUUAAUAAGGUUGCUGAUAUCUUGAGAUUAGCUUCCGCUCAAGCUGGGUACUUGGAAGUUAUGCCAUUAACUUUAUGUUCUCAUGAUGAAAACUUUAAGUUCUUGAGACAAUCUGACGAUGGUACCAAGGCUGUGAAAUUAGCUAACCCAAAGACCAUCGAAUACCAAGUUGUUAGAACUACUUUGUUACCAGGUAUCUUAAAGACCAUUAAAGAAAACAGAAAACAUUCCUUGCCAAUCAAGGUUUUCGAAAGCGGUGAUAUCGUAUUGAAGAACCCUAAAUUGGAAAGAAAAGCAUUUAACCAACGUAAUUGGUGUGCUAUUUAUGCUGGUAAGACUUCUGGUUUCGAAUAUGUUCAAGGGUUAUUAGGUAAGAUUAUGCAAACCAUGAGAACUGAAUGGUUAGAAAAUCCAAAGGAAAACAAAGGUAGAGGUUACUGGAUUGAAGAAGACAAGGACAAUGCUACUUUCUUCCCAGGUAGAGGAGCCAAGAUCUUUUUCAGAGCCCAUGAAGGUGGUGAAGACCAACAUAUUGGUGCCUUGGGUGUUUUACAUCCUGAAGUCAUGACCAGUUUUGAAAUUCCAUAUGCUGCUUCUUCCGUAGAAAUUAAUGCUGAAGUGUUCUUGUAG